AUGGCUUCGAGCGACGGAACGCCGGGGGCGAUGCCGGCGGGAGACGGAUCGGUGCCGCCGGGGAAGGAGAUGUCGGUGGGAUCGCAGAUGGUGGAGAAGAGUGCGCAGAUGAUGCAGUCGCUGAAGCCGAUGAAGAAGAUAAGCCAGCACGUGUGCAGCUUCGCCAUCUACAGCCACGACAUAACUCGCCAGAUCCAAACUCACCACUACCUCGCCCGACUCAACCAGGACGUCCUCCAGUGCCCCGUCUACGACUCCGGCGACCCCGCCGCCCGCCUCAUCGGCGUGGAGUAUAUAAUCUCAGAUCGAGUGUUCGAAACGCUUCCGACGGAGGAGCAGAAGCUUUGGCACUCCCAUGGAUACGAGAUUAAAUCAGGGAUGUGGAUGAACCCUAGGGUACCGGAGAUGAUCGAGAAGGGGGAGGUCCAGGAGCUAGCCCGGUCGUACGGUAAGUUCUGGUGCACGUGGCAGGUGGACAGAGGCGACCGGCUGCCGAUGGGGGCGCCGGCGCUGAUGGUGUCGCCGCAGGACGUCGACGCCGGGAAAGUGAAGCCGGAGCUGAUCAAGCAGCGGGAUCAGAAAUACAACGUCUCGUCGGAAGACCUGAGGAAGGCUCGGGAAGGAUUCGGCGUGUCGGAAGCCCGAAAGUCGUACGCAGACUAUUGGGUCAAGACAGGGAAAGGAUUCGCCAUUGACGUCAAGACCACCGAGAUCAAGACCACCGCCCCCUUUCCCUGACAUCAUCACCCGUCAAUAUGACGUCACACAUUAAUAAAUAAUCAAUUUCUGUGUUCAGUUCAACCCACGUUAUACUAUUCCAUGUUAACACAUUCACUGAU